UACCGGGGUCAGGCAGCUAGCGGGACCGGAAUGGGCUGAGCCAGAACCGGGGAUGGGGCCGGGCGGGGACUGAACCGGGUCGCUCCCGCUGCCGGAGAGGGGCUGAACCAGGGCUGGGCGGGACCCGAGCCGGGAUCGGAGCCGGGCAUUUCCCGGUACGGGCGAUGAGCUGAGCGAGUCCCGCGCCUUUCCCGGUACCGGCGAGGCACCGAUCCAUCUCCACGCAGCGCCGGGGCUGCUCCCAACUCCGGUCCCCGCUCCCUCCCGCAGCCCCCGCGAUGCUGCCCGGCUGUCCCCUGCCCCGGGCCGGUUGGGCGGCUCGCCGGUGAAGCGGGCGGCUCCCCGGUGAAGCGGGCGGCCCCGCGAUGCUGCGGCGGCUGCUGGAGCGGCCGUGCUCGCUGGCGCUGCUGGUCGGUUGCCAGUUCGCCUUCGUGGCGUAUUUCUCGCUGGGCGGGUUCCGCAACCUCACGGCGCUGUUCGGCCGCUCCGCCGGGCCCGUGUUCGAUUAUUCCCGGACCCACGACGUGUACGCCAACCUCAGCCGCCUCGGGCCCCCCCGCGCCGCGCCCCCGGACCCCGCCCGCCCGCUGCCUUUCUGCCCCGAGCGCUCGCCUUUCCUCGUGGGGCCGCUGACGGUGUCGUUCGCCCGGGUGCCGACGCUGGAGCAGAUCCGGGCCAAGAACCCGGGGGUGCAGGAGGGGGGGCGGUACCGACCCCCCCUGUGCGAGUCCCGAUCCCGAACCGCCGUCAUCGUCCCCCACCGGAACCGGGAGAGCCACCUGGGCCACCUGCUCUACUACCUGCACCCCUUCCUGCAGCGCCAGCAGCUGCACUACGGCAUCUACGUGGUGCACCAGGCUGGGAAUUCCACGUUUAACCGGGCCAAGCUGCUGAACGUGGGGGUGAAGGAGGCGCUCAAGGACGAGGACUGGGAUUGCCUCUUCCUGCACGACGUGGAUCUGAUCCCCGAGAACGACCACAACCUCUACACCUGCGACCCCUGGAACCCCAAACACGUCUCGGUGGCCAUGAACAAAUUCGGUUACAGCCUGCCGUACCCGCAGUAUUUCGGGGGGGUCUCGGCGCUCACCCCCGACCAGUACAUGAAGAUCAACGGGUUCCCCAACGAGUACUGGGGCUGGGGGGGCGAGGACGAUGACAUCGCCACCAGGGUGCGCCUGGCCGGGAUGAAGAUCUCGCGCCCGCCCGUGUCCAUCGGCCACUACAAAAUGGUGAAGCACAAGAGCGACAAAGGCAACGAGGAGAACCCGCACAGGUUCGACCUGCUGGUGCGGACGCAGCGCAUGUGGACGCAGGACGGGAUGAACUCGCUGACCUACGAGCUGCUGGCCAAGGAGCUGCGGCCGCUCUACACCAACCUCACCGUGGACAUCGGCACCGACCCCCGGGGGGGUCCCCGCGGCCCCCGCGUCCCCCCCGGGCCCCCCGGCAGCUCCAGCCGCUUCCGGGAGGAGAUGCUGCGCAAGCCGCCCCGCGGGGACCUGGCACUGGCGCUGUCGCCUCCCCGCUCGCCCACGGCCGCUGGCAACGGCACCGCAGCCCCGCCCCGAGCCCCGGGGACAGCGCGGGUGGCACAGGAGGGGACGGUGCCAGCGCGGGGGGGCAACCAGAGCGUGGCACGGGGACCCCCGUGACCCCCAAACCACCCCCCUGCUGUGGACUCUGGGCUGGGGGCAGCGGCGAGCCCGGGGGGCUGCUGGCCGGAGGGGACGGGGGACACGGCCGGGAAGGGACACGGGGUGAGCCGGGGGCUCGCCCGGCCCCUCCUGGGGUUUUGGGGGUCCCCAGAUCGGGCGCGCGGGUAUUUAUUCUAUUUAUGAGCCGCUCCCUGGACCUUUCUAAGGGGUUUUUUCAAUAAAAAAAAUUUACUUUGUCCUA